CCUCACAACUCCCCUGGACGCCUUUGCCAUCGAAUCGGUCAAAUCCCCGAGAUCUUGACCUUCCCCUGUGAAUAUUCAUGAGAUAAACUGAACCCGAACCCGAACCCGUUACGAAUCCGCUACGACCCCACUACAACAUGUCAUUCCUUGGUGGCGCCGAGUGCUCGACGGCGGGAAACCCGUUGACUCAGUUCACCAAGCACGUCCAAGAUGAUAAGUCCUUACAACGAGAUCGCCUGGUAGGGAGGGGCCUAGGAGGCAUGCAAGAAGGCAUGCGAUCCCGCGGCAUGAUGGGCGGACAAGAUCAGAUGAUGGACGAAUUCGCCCAACAACCCGGCCAACUCCCCGGGGCACCCCCGCAACCGUUUGCGAUGGAACAGUUGCGGCGCGAGCUAGAUCAGUUCCAGACGACCCCGCCCCGAACAGGUUCGCCCGGCUGGGCCGCUGAGUUUGAUGCUGGUGAGCAUGCCCGGAUGGAGGCUGCCUUUGCGGGGCCUCAGGGACCCAUGAUGAAUAAUUCGCCGGGGUUUACCCCCGCUGAGUUUGCUCGGUUUCAGCAGCAGAGUAGGGCUGGGAUGCCUCAGACGGCGGGCUCGGUGGCGUCGUCUCAGUCUCCGAUGAUGGCGGGCUAUCAAAGGCCUAUGGGGAUGGGGGGGUAUAUGGGGAUGGGUGGGAUGGGGAUGAUGCCGCAGACUUUUGGUCCAAUGGCGAUGCAGCAGCAGCAGCAGCCGGCGGAAGCGACUACGCAGGAUAAGGGCAAGGGACGCAUGGUCGAACUGGACGAUGAGAACUGGGAGGCGCAGUUUGCGGAGAUGGAGACGGCGGAUACCCAGAAGGAGGACGAAGAGGCUAAUGCCGCUGUGGAGGCGGAGCUGAAUGAUCUGGACAGGUCAGUCCCCCUUACCAGUACGGCGCAAGAUCAAGAUUAUGGUGCUUUUGAAAGCGUGUGGGAGAGGGUCCAAGCUGAGACCGCAACGAACAGGAAAUUGGCCGAAGAGGGAGACAACUUAUUCGACGUUCACGAGAACUUCCACGCGGGCGAUAUGGGUGAUUGGGAGGGUUUCGACACGCUCAAUACUCGCUUCCGUAACCCCCAACUAGGUGACUACAUGUUUGAAGAGGAGAACGUGUUCCGGAACGUGACCAAUCCGUUCGAGGAGGGUGUGAAGAUCAUGCGUGAGGGUGGCAAUCUCUCGCUGGCUGCCUUGGCUUUUGAGGCGGCGGUUCAGAAAGACCCGCAACAUGUCCAGGCCUGGACCAUGCUGGGAUCAGCCCAGGCUCAGAAUGAGAAGGAAUUGCCGGCUAUCCGAGCGCUGGAGCAGGCCCUGAAGAUCGACGCCAACAGCUUGGAUGCGCUGAUGGGCCUGGCUGUGUCUUACACCAACGAGGGCUAUGACUCGACGGCCUACCGCACCCUCGAGCGGUGGCUCUCCGUCAAGUAUCCUCAGAUUAUCGACCCCAAGGAUCUUUCCUCGGAUGCCGACUUGGGAUUUACAGAUCGGCAGCUACUGCACGACCGCGUAACCGACCUCUUUAUCCAGGCGGCUCAGCUGUCACCCUCGGGCGAGCAAAUGGACCCUGAUGUCCAGGUCGGCCUGGGCGUGCUCUUCUACUGCGCGGAGGAGUACGACAAGGCGGUUGACUGCUUCUCUGCCGCGCUGGCGUCGACGGAAUCGGGCACCUCGAACCAACAGGAGCAGCUCCACCUGCUGUGGAACCGACUUGGUGCUACGCUGGCCAACUCGGGUCGGUCCGAGGAGGCGAUCGAGGCCUACGAGCAGGCAUUGAACAUCAACCCCAACUUUGUCCGGGCGCGUUACAACCUGGGGGUGUCGUGCAUCAACAUCGGGUGUUACCCGGAGGCCGCGCAACACCUGCUGGGAGCGCUGUCCAUGCACCGGGUGGUGGAGCAGGAGGGUAUUGAGCGGGCGCGCGAAAUUAUGGGUGGCGACGGCGUCGACAAUGAGCAGAUCAACCGGAUGGUUAAUAUCAGUCAGAACCAGAGCACGAAUCUGUAUGACACGUUGCGGCGGCUGCCACUAAUCACAAUGACUACCAUCACCGGCGCUCAACUGAUCGCCCGCACGCUGCGCGAUCUGGGCGUGACGGUCAUCUUCGGGAUUGUUGGCAUCCCCGUGGUGGAGAUCGCCGAAGAGGCCAUCAACCUGGGCAUUCGAUUCGUGGCCUUUCGCAACGAACAGGCGUGUGGCUAUGCGGCCAGUGUCUAUGGGUACAUGACAGGGCGACCGGGCGUGUGCCUGGUUGUUGGAGGGCCCGGGGUUCUCCACGCCCUGGCCGGCAUUGGAAACGCCUCCGCGAACAACUUCCCUCUGCUCGUCCUCGCCGGCUCCGCGGAGACCACAGGCAUCACCAAAGGCGCCUUUCAGGAAUUGGACGCCAUCUCGCUCCUCACCCCCCACACCAAGCUCGCCGUCCGCGCCUCCACCCUCGACUUCAUCCCCGGCGCCCUCAAGAAUGCCUACCGAACCUGCUGGUACGGGCGUCCAGGCCCGACCUUUGUCGACCUCCCCGCCGAUAUCAUCCAGGGCAAAUCCUCCCCCGGCUAUCGUCUGCCUCAGCCGGAAACCCUACGGGUCCCGUCCCCCCCGAGAGCCAGUGGAGACCCGGCCUUGAUCCUGAAGGCCGCACAGUUGCUCCGGACCGCUCGCUCCCCGUUGCUGGUGAUCGGAAAGGGCGCCGCAUACGCGCGCGCAGAACCGGGCAUCAACCAGCUGGUGGAGCAGACCCAGAUCCCUUUCCUGCCCACCCCAAUGGGCAAGGGCGUGGUGCCGGACUCGCAUCCGUUGAACGCAUCCAGCGCACGCAGCGCGGCCCUGAAGAACGCCGACGUCGUCCUGGUCCUUGGUGCACGUCUCAACUGGAUCCUCCACUACGGCGAGGCGCCGAAAUGGUCAUCCACCGCAAAGAUCAUCCAGGUGGACAUCUCCGCCGAGGAAAUUGGCCGCAACGCAGGCACGGCCGAGCUCGGCAUCCUGGGGGACAUCAGUCUAGUCGUCGACCAGCUACUCUCCUCUCUCGCCAACUGGAGAUACUCCCCUUCGUCCUCCGCCAACGACAACUUCACCUCCAUCCUAGCCACCUCGGCCAAAAAGAACGAAGACAAAGCCCAAAAGGCCGCUCUGCUACCCACUCCACCAAACUCCCCACUGACAUACCAGCGCGCCUACCACAUCAUCAAAUCGACCCUGAACACCUUAACCCCCCUGGAGGACGGCAACAUCGUCUACGUCUCCGAAGGCGCCAACACCAUGGACAUCUCCCGCUCCAUCUUCCCACUCCACCACCCCCGCCAGCGCCUCGACGCCGGCACCUACGCCACCAUGGGCGUCGGCCUCGGCUACAUCGUGGCAGCCCACGAAGCCUUCAACGCCCUCCCGGGCUCCCCGCCCAAGAAAAUCAUCGCCCUCGAAGGCGACAGCGCCUUCGGAUUCAGCGCCAUGGAGAUCGAAACCCUCGCGCGCUAUCGCAUCCCCGCGCUGAUCUACGUGAUCAAUAACUCGGGCAUUUACCACGGUGACACGACCACCGAAGACGCCUGGAAGACCUUGCAGCAUGAGACGGCCCUGAACGAUACCAAGUCCGCCGACGGGAAGAAGGGUCUCCGCUCGACGAGUCUGCUGUAUGAGACACGGUAUGAGAUGCUGGCGACGAUGUGUGGCGGGAAGGGGUAUUUCGUGCGCACGGAGCAGGAGCUGGAGAUUGCUACGAGAGAGGGCUUCCAGAGUGAUACGGUCACCGUGGUGAAUGUGAUCGUGGAGCCGGGCAUUGGGAAGAAGAUUGGAUUCGCGUGGCAGGGGAAUACGGAGGCGAAGUUGUAGGUCAAUCGCCAUAGAAUUGGAAUCUGAGUAUGUAUGCACCUACAUGUGAAUCACCAUUCCGACAAACAGCAAUCAAUAUGCAU